AGGGGGGCGAGGGGCGGGAAAGGCGGGAGCGCGGGAGCCGCUCGGGCCGGGGACGCGGACAUGAAGGUCAUCACCUGCGAAAUCGUGUGGCACAAUAAGGAGCCCGUUUACAGCCUGGACUUCCAGCACGGGGCGGAUGGGAAGAUCAAUCGCUUGGCCUCGGCAGGGGUGGACACGGCUGUGAGGAUCUGGAAGGUGGAGAAAGGUCCGGACGGCAAAGCCAUCGUGGAAUUCCUGUCCAACCUGGCCCGGCACACCAAGGCCGUGAACGUCGUGCGCUUCUCUCCGAGCGGCGAGAUCCUGGCGUCCGGAGGGGACGAUGCUGUUAUUUUGCUGUGGAAGCUGAACGACAGCAAGGAACUGGAGCCGCUGGUUUUUCAGGAUGAAGAUGAAGCUCAGCUCAACAAGGAGAACUGGGCAGUUGUUAAAACCUUAAGAGGCCACUUGGAAGAUGUGUAUGAUAUUUGUUGGACCUCAGAUGGCAAUUACAUGGCCUCUGCUUCUGUGGAUAACACAGCUAUAAUGUGGGAUGUCAAUAAAGGACAGAAGGUUUCAAUAUUUAAUGAGCACAAGAGUUAUGUCCAAGGAGUAACCUGGGAUCCUCUAGGCCAGUACAUUGCAACCCUGAGCUGUGACAGGGUCCUGCGGGUGUACAGCACCCAGACCAAGAGAGUGGCAUUCAAUGUCACCAAGAUGCCAUCUGGAUCAGGAGCUGAAGGAGAGGCCAGGAGCUACCGGAUGUUCCACGACGACAGCAUGAAGUCCUUCUUCCGGCGGCUCAGCUUCACUCCUGACGGCUCCUAUUUGCUCACUCCAGCUGGCUGCGUGGAAUCGGGAGAAAACGUUACCAACACCACCUAUGUUUUCUCCAGGAACAACCUGAAAAGGCCUGUGGGUCACCUGCCUUGUCCUGGGAAGGGAACUCUGGCCGUUCGCUGCUGCCCGGUCUACUUCGAGUUGAGAGGAGCAUUUCAUAAAGAUGAGAUCAGUCAGAAAUCGUGCCCUGCUCUGUUUAACCUGCCCUAUCGGUUGGUGUUUGCUGUGGCCUCAGAAGAUUCUGUGCUUUUUUAUGACACUGAGCAGUCCUUCCCCUUUGGUUAUGUCUCUAACAUCCAUUAUCACACCCUGAGUGACAUUUCCUGGUCCAGCGACGGAUCCUUCCUGGCUAUUUCCUCCACGGAUGGAUACUGUUCCUUCGUCACCUUCGAGAAGGAUGAGCUGGGAAUUCCACUGAAGGAGAAGCCCCAGAUCAGUGUCAGGACUCCUGGUGCAACAGAGAAGAAGGUGAAGAAGAGCCAGUCCCACAAAUCCACCUCCCCAGGCUCCAGGCUGGCCGAGGGGACUCCUCCCAGCAGGAGCAGCGACCCCAGCCCUGCCAACCUCCAGCCCAGAACAGCCGGCAGUGCCGGCAGGGACUCGCCUCCCACUCCUGUGGGCACCAAAAAUGUCCCAGCCUCGUCCUCAGAGGAGAGGAGGAGCAGCAGCCAGGCAGCCACCCCCAGCACUGGGGCAAAGCAGCCCCGCAGGAUCGCCCUCAACACUUUACAGGCCUGUUUCAAGGCCCCAAGGAGAAUAAACUUGAUUUCCUUGAAGCCAGAUACACCCACCCCUGCAGAUACAGACACAGCUCCUGGGCCUCCUUCCUCAGAGCAGGACCAUGAGAGGCCAUUGCCACCUGAGGACAGUCUUCAAAAUCCCCCAGCACCAAAACGGCCCAGGACUGAGGAAAUGCCUCUUUCUGCACCUGAACAUCAAACCACCUCUGAUCCAGACAAAUAAGGGCUGAGCUUAUUCAAACAAAGAAGCUUUUAGCAGGCUCUUCCCAGUCUGAAGUCAGUGCAGCCACAUCUGAGUGCAUUGCUUUUUGCAGAUGUUAAAUCCUCAAUUCCCAAUUAAAGUCCCCUGUGCAUAUUUGCUGUGGCACUGUGAAGGACCUGCCAAGUAGAAGACACAGGUUUCAGGAAUGUAGUUUUUGCAGAAAGAAGAAAUAGUUGGGAAGUGACUUGAAGAAAUGCCAGAGCUUAAGGAAAUCAGGGAAAUCUGGGUAUUUAAAAAGCCAUCCAGUAACCUGCAAGUCUCCAUCAGAGUCCCUAAAUUCGUGUUUGCAAAGCAUUAUGUCUUCCAGUAACCUGUGUGGCACAGGAAGAAUAGAAUGUAUUCAUAGGAUCUGAUGUGGUUUAAGACCUAAAAAAAGAGGAAAUUGUGUCAUUCCAGCAUCUUGGCUUAUUUGUUGGGCAGAGUGUCAAAUAAUUCCCCUCAGUACCUAUGGAAUGGGAGCUGAUGGUCAGGGUGCAACACAGAUCAGGGCUGAGAUGACUCAAACAGAAAUGGAAAGUUUGAACUGCAAGAAACAAGAAGGCUAAAGGAAGAAACCCUCUGGGGACCUGGUUUGGAAUUAAACAGCGGGAAAAAAAGUUGUUAAUUGUUUAGUUUCUGUGUUUAAAAAAGAAAUGCAGGCAGGAGAUUUUCCUGAGGCAGCAGGAUUUGAGUGCAGACAUUAGAAAUACCCCCUUUUUCCUUUUUCAAAACUUAACUCCCUUAGCCAAUAAAAUACACCACAAUGUAUGUAUGUGUUCAUAUUAAACCUCUUUGACUUUUAA